AUGGGAGGUGCAUUGUGGGGGACGCGGGUGAUGGAGAUUGUGAAGAAGCAUGACUCGGGAGGACUCGUUUGGAAGAGAAUUAAACUCACCACCACUCGUAAAGCCAAUGCUAAGAAGCGCCUCCUCCGCGUUUGGCAGAAUGAAGCUGUCCUCAAGGCAUGUUCUCAGCCAUCUCCCUCCGCUUCUGCCACUGCCAACAAACCUUGA